GGAACACCACCGAAGACUAUUUAAGAAUCCUACAGAAUGUCCCGACCAAGAGAGCUGCUGCGUACAUGAGAGUGUCCAAUCCAGUAAACAGUUCAAAACUGAGCUUGGUCGAGAAGGGUAUUUGUGAAGACAUCCAGUGCAAGAGCGAAGAGCUGGUGAUACGGCAACAAGGCCUCUACUUGAUCUAUUGCCACUUGAACUUUCAUUUUCCCAACUGUUCAAACAGCCCCACUGACCUCAAGAUAGAGUUCCUUGUGAAUGACAAAGUCAACAGGCAAACGUUAUCCACAUGGUGUGCAUCAGAAACGUGCCAAGAAAAGACUUUUAAGACCUUGUUCCAGCUCCAUUUGACAUACCUGAAUGUGAAGGACCGAGUAUCAGUAACACUUAAUUAUCCUAAAUUCUUGAAUGAAAUUUCUCUUCCCAAUGAAAAUGUUCUUGGGGUCUUGAGGUACAGUGAUGAAAUGUGA